UGGAGCAGUGUGCCAUUGAAAAAGUCCAGAAACGUCUCAACAGAGUACCUCUUCAGAACUUCGUCAUAAGCUCCGUGAAAGUUAACGUACUCCACUGUAAGACGACCUUCCUCCAAAGUCGUCAUGAAAUCGGCUGUAGACAGUGUAUAAAACAGCCACUAAAAUUGAAACUUUCACCGCGGUGGCAACAUGCUCACGGGGAGGUGGUACGGGUGGUUGGUUGCAGACUUCUAAAAAGACAACAGUCACAGAAAACCCGCACUUCCAAAAAUACAAGUGUCUCCUGUUUUGACGACAGAAGCGAAAGUUGGUCCGUUGCACUUGGACUGAAGACUGCACGGCACACACAUCACAACCCCUACCAAGGACCUCCGAUAGCCGCCAUGUACGCUGCGGUGAUCCUGUGUAUUCUCGUCGUGGCUGCCUCGGCAAGCCCGGAAAAGUUCAUCUUUGGAAACAAGUUGGACCAGCCGGCGCCUGAAAAAUGCUGUGCUGAACCCUACUACACCUUCCAAGCAGAUAGUGUUUUUAAUACUCUGCAAGAAGGCUCACUUCUCACCGAGCUAAUACGGGCACGUGGGGCAUACGAUUCCAUUGACAAGAAGUUUGGUUUGAAAGUUGACUUGCACAUUUCUAAUGGUACCGUUGAACUCUACCAGCUCAUCAACGACUUCAAGGAGGGACUAGGCUACUACAUCUAUACUGAGGAAGAAGAAACCAAAUGCGUCGAGUUUCCCAUUACAAGUGGCUUCCCGUACAACUGUAUACCAGAGGGGAGCACGUAUGUGGGCUCAGUUACCAUUGGCGACAGGGCCUUACGUGCGGCUAACUGGUACUUCAAUGACAAGACCGACCCUACCAAAGACAUGCACAUUGUUUUCAGCAUCAAGGAAGAAGAGUGCAUCGAUCUGGGUUACCUCGCCCGAACAUUUGACCCAGAAACAGGAACUGAGAUAAGCGUUGACAGAACUGGCAUCAGUGACUACAAUCUGGGAAUCUGUGAUCCUGACACGUAUUUUAAGCCUCCAGAGGAAUGCAAGUCCGCCAAGGUGAAGAGGGUGAAUUCCGUUCCCAAGAGAAUUGGUGGACUCCGUGGCCCGCGUGGGCAGCGUUUGUUUCAGUAAACCAUGAGAUCUUUCUCGGGCUUGAAGAGAGAAUUAAAUAAGAACAAAAUGUUUACUACAAUGGACAUGAAAUAGCUCUGAUUAAACAUUUAGAUGACUCUACUGGUUAUGGGAAACUAUCUAUAAAGUUAAUUUUUUUUCUUUUACGCUAGAUGUCAGCUUUGAUUACAUAUCUGGGUCAUUCCAUGAGGUUGGGCACAAUUUGUGACGGUGUCCUUGUUACAUGGGUAAUUUUUACCACCUGUCAU